AUGCUAACAUUUAAACCAUUUCCUGCAAUCAAGAGUUUCAAAAAACCGAGAAGCAAUGGGCACACAAGGCUCUACAUAUAUGCCAAUUGGAAGAAGAUAAGGAAACAUCACAAGAGUUAUUUAGUGACAGUUAAGAGCAAAAUCAGAAUUCUCUUCUUUGAUUCACCAGGAAUUAUCAAUCAACGAUUUUACAAACAAUGGAUAUGGAAUCAUUUGUUGAUUCAUCUACUUCUCGUCCAAUUUCAAAGCUAUAGUUCUCACUGUCCUCAUGGUUUAAAUGCUGCCUUUGCUAACUUUGCAAUGAUGAUUAAGAGUUCUGUUUCACCUCGUGAUAUUGCUACCUUGAGAUCAAAAUUGCUACUCCAUGAACAAAGACUCUCAAGACAAGCCAAAAGAGUUACUGACCCCGUUGUUGCCAUGCACUCUUCCUUUGUAAAUCAUCCUCCAUUCCUCCUCAUACUGAAAAAUCCUCGGUAG